GAACUGAACUUGGUGACAUAAGUAUCAUAACAAUAACACUACUUCGUAAAACAUUGAAAAUGAAUAUAAUACGAUUGUUACCUAUUAAAGGCAGUUUAACAUUGUGCCAAACUCGUUACUUAUCCUGUUGGUCAUGCGGUCAAGACAUAAAACAGCUAGUAGAAAAUUUAUUUUGCUCAAAUUGUAAAUCGCUUCAACAGCCUCCGAAAGAAAACUACUUCAAGAUUUUGGGAGUGUCUGAAACAUAUGACCAAAAUGAAAAUGAACUAGCUAAGAAGUUCAAAGAACUGCAGAAAUACUUGCAUCCAGAUAAAUUUGGCAACAAACCGAAAGAGGAGCAAGAUAUAUCGGAAAACUACUCCUCAUUAGUUAAUGAAUCAUACAACACCCUCCUGAAUCCACUGACAAGAGGAAUCUACAUGUUACGGCUUAGCGGAAAAGAAAUACCAGAGGAGACUGAAGUAAAAGACCAAGCGUUCCUCAUGAUGAUCAUGGAGAAAAAUGAAGAAGUGGAGAAUGCUGAGACGGAGGAGGAAAUAAUGAAACUCAACAAGGAGAACAGGGAACAGAUGAAUCAAUUGCAAAAAGAAGUUUCACAGGCAUUCCAUGAUGGAGAUCUAAAAUUGGUUCUUAAACUUUUAAGUCAAAUGAAAUAUUAUACUAGUAUAGACCAGCAAAUACAAAACCUAAUUAGAAGUAAAGGAAUUAUUAGAUAAAUCUAAAUGAUGAUCUAAAAUCUUGUUUGCCACCGUUGUGGUAUAAAAAAAGAAAAAAAUGUAAGAAAAAUAUAUAAUAUAUUUAUGUUAGAAUAUACUCAUUACUUUGAGAUAAAUAUUGUAUAGGUACAUGUUCAUAAUAUUAAUUUAUAGCUAUACAUAUAUAUAUUAACCUAUAUAAAAAGAUGAUAAAAAUACGCAACUAUGUCUAAAAAAACUAAACCGUUAUUAGGUUUAAUCAGUUCCCUAACUAUCCACUUUUUCACAGUGCUAGUAUGGCGAUUCACAAAUAACUAUUAAGCUAUUCUAUUAAAUAUUUGUAGGCCUUAAAA